GAGGGUUAUGUGUUCAAGAAAUGGCUCGCUCGCUGCUGGAUGUGCUCUUCGGUGACCUGUGUCUUAACUGCCACUGACGCCAUUUCUCCCCGCUUUUGUUUCUCAUUUCCAGCCAUCUAUAACUUCAACGCCUCCCAAGAUGUGGAGCUGUCGCUGCAGAUUGGAGACACGGUUCACAUCCUGGAGAUGUAUGAGGGUUGGUACAGAGGAUAUACCCUCCAGAAUAAGUCUAAAAAGGGGAUUUUCCCUGAAACGUACAUCCAUCUGAAAGAGGCGACUGUGGAGGACCGCGGGCAGCACGAGACCGUGAUUCCUGGGGAGCUCCCCCUGGUCCAGGAGCUCACCUCGACGCUGCGAGAAUGGGCUGUCAUCUGGCGCAAGCUCUAUGUGAACAACAAGGUCACACUCUUCCGCCAGCUGCAGCAAAUGACGUACAACCUGAUCGAGUGGCGGUCGCAGAUCCUGUCUGGAACACUCCCCAAGGACGAACUGGCCGAGCUCAAGAAGAAGGUCACGGCCAAAAUCGAUCACGGGAACAGGAUGCUGGGCUUGGAUCUGGUCGUGCGGGACGACAACGGGAACAUCUUGGACCCUGAUGAGACCAGCACCGUCGCUCUCUUCAAGGCCCAUGAAGUGGCCUCGAGAAGGAUUGAGGAGAAGAUCCAGGAAGAGAAGUCAAUUCUGCAGAAUCUGGACUUGCGGGGUCAGUCCAUCUUCAGUGCUGUCCACACCUACGGCCUCUAUGUGAACUUUAAGAACUUUGUCUGCAACAUUGGGGAAGACGCAGAGUUGUUCAUGGCCCUCUAUGACCCGGACCAGUCCACGUUCAUCAGUGAGAACUACCUGAUUCGCUGGGGCAGCAACGGGAUGCCCAAGGAAAUAGAGAAACUCAAUAACCUUCAAGCCGUCUUCACUGACCUCAGCAGCACAGACCUCAUCCGGCCUCGCAUCAGCCUCGUGUGCCAAAUUGUCCGGGUCGGCCACAUGGAGCUCAAGGAAGGCAAAAAGCACACCUGUGGACUCCGAAGACCCUUUGGGGUAGCAGUGAUGGAUAUUACCGAUAUCAUACAUGGCAAAGUGGAUGAUGAAGAAAAGCAACAUUUUAUUCCCUUUCAGCAAAUUGCAAUGGAAACCUACAUCCGGCAGAGGCAGCUAAUCAUGUCGCCCCUGAUAACAUCCCACGUGAUUGGAGAGAAUGAGCCACUGACUUCAGUCUUGAAUAAAGUGAUCGCAGCCAAGGAAGUGAAUCACAAAGGACAAGGACUCUGGGUGUCCUUGAAGCUAUUGCCGGGUGACCUCACGCAGGUUCAGAAAAACUUUUCACACUUGGUGGAUAGAUCAACAGCGAUUGCCCGGAAAAUGGGCUUUCCGGAAAUAAUCCUUCCAGGAGACGUUCGCAAUGAUAUUUAUGUCACCCUGAUCCAUGGGGAGUUUGACAAAGGGAAAAAGAAGACGCCUAAGAACGUGGAGGUGACCAUGUCUGUGUAUGAUGAGGAGGGCAGGCUCCUGGAGAAAGCGAUUCAUCCCGGAGCUGGAUAUGAAGGCAUUUCCGAGUACAAGUCAGUGGUCUAUUACCAAGUCAAGCAGCCCUGUUGGUAUGAGACUGUCAAGGUGUCCAUUGCUAUAGAAGAGGUCACUCACUGUCAUAUAAGAUUUACCUUCCGACACCGGUCAUCUCAGGAAUCCAGAGAUAAAUCGGAGCGAGCUUUUGGGGUGGCCUUCGUGAAACUGAUGAACCCGGAUGGCACCACUCUGCAGGAUGGGAGGCACGACCUGGUGGUUUAUAAGGGCGACAACAAGAAAAUGGAAGAUGCCAAAUUCUACCUGACCCUGCCUGGAACCAAGGUAGAGAUGGAAGAAAAGGAGCUGCAAGCAUCCAAAACCCUCGCCAACUUCACGCCAGCCAAGGACAGCACCAAAGACAGCUUUCAGAUUGCCACCCUCAUCUGCUCCACGAAGCUCACGCAGAACGUUGACCUGUUAGGCUUGCUAAAUUGGCGUUCGAACUCUCAGAACAUUAAACACAACUUAAAGAAGUUGAUGGAGGUGGACGGAGGAGAGAUUGUUAAGUUUCUGCAAGAUACGCUAGAUGCACUGUUUAACAUAAUGAUGGAGAUGUCGGACAAUGAAACCUAUGACUUCCUUGUGUUUGAUGCACUGGUGUUCAUUAUCUCACUGAUAGGAGACAUCAAGUUCCAGCAUUUUAACCCCGUCCUGGAGACCUACAUUUACAAGCACUUCAGCGCCACCCUGGCCUAUGUGAAACUCUCCAAGGUACUGAACUUUUACGUGGCAAAUGCAGAAGACUCCAGCAAGACGGAACUGCUUUUCGCUGCUUUGAAAGCCUUAAAGUACUUGUUUAGGUUCAUCAUCCAGUCUAGAGUGCUCUACUUGAGAUUUUAUGGCCAAAGCGAAGAUGGAGAUGAAUUUAGUAAUUCAAUCCGCCAGUUAUUUAUCGCUUUCAAUACGCUGAUGGACAGGCCCCUGGAGGAAGCUGUCAAGAUCAAGGGGGCAGCCCUGAAGUACCUUCCGAGCAUAAUAAAUGAUGUCAAACUUGUGUUCGAUCCUGUUGAGCUCAGCAUGCUCUUCUGCAAGUUCAUUCAGAGCAUCCCUGACAACCAGUUAGUUCGCCAGAAACUGAACUGCAUGACCAAGAUAGUAGAGAGCAGUCUUUUUCGGCAGUCGGAGUGCAGAGACGUGCUGUUGCCACUGCUGACAGACCAGCUCAGCGGCCAGUUAGACGACAAAUCCAGCAGGCCUGACCACGAGGCCAGCUCGCAGCUUCUGAGCUGCAUCCUGGAAGUGCUGGACAGGAAGGAUGUGGGCCCCACGGACGCGCACAUACAGCGGAUAAUGGAACGGCUGCUGCGGAGGAUCAACCGGACCGUGAUCGGGAUGAGCCGACAGUCUCCCCACAUCGGGAGUUUUGUCGCCUGCAUGAUUGCCAUCCUGCGGCAGAUGGACGACAGCCACUACAGCCAUUACAUCAGCACUUUCAAAACCAGACAGGACAUCAUUGACUUCCUCAUGGAAACUUUUAUCAUGUUUAAGGAUCUGAUUGGCAAGAAUGUCUACGCCAAAGACUGGAUGGUCAUGAACAUGACGCAGAGCAGGGUUUUCCUCCGUGCCAUAAACCAGUUUGCUGAGGUUCUCACAAGGUUCUUCAUGGAUCAGGCAAGCUUUGAACUUCAGCUCUGGAACAAUUACUUCCAUUUGGCAGUGGCAUUUCUCACCCAUGAGUCCCUUCAGCUGGAAACCUUCUCUCAAGCCAAGCGCAACAAAAUUGUGAAAAAAUACGGGGACAUGAGAAAGGAGAUUGGCUUUAGGAUCCGGGACAUGUGGUAUAACCUGGGUCCCCACAAAAUCAAAUUCAUCCCGUCCAUGGUGGGUCCCAUUCUGGAGGUCACAUUGACACCCGAAGUUGAGCUCCGGAAAGCUACCAUCCCCAUUUUCUUUGAUAUGAUGCAGUGUGAGUUCAAUUUCAGUGGAAAUGGCAAUUUCCAUAUGUUUGAGAAUGAGUUGAUCACAAGGCUGGACCAAGAGGUAGAAGGAGGCAGAGGAGAUGAACAAUACAAGGUCCUUCUGGAGAAACUGCUCCUAGAACAUUGCCGGAAACAUAAAUACCUCUCCAGCUCCGGGGAAGUAUUCGCGCUCCUGGUCAGCAGCCUCUUAGAGAAUCUCUUAGACUACAGAACCAUCAUCAUGCAUGACGAAAGCAAAGAGAACCGCAUGAGCUGCACCGUUAAUGUGCUGAAUUUUUACAAAGAAAAGAAGAGAGAGGACAUCUACAUAAGAUACCUGUACAAGCUGCGGGACUUGCACCGGGACUGUGAGAACUACACUGAAGCUGCCUACACGCUCCUCCUCCACGCCGAGCUCCUGCAGUGGUCUGACAAGCCCUGUGUACCCCAUUUGCUUCAGAGGGACAGUUACUACGUGUACACCCAGCAAGAGCUGAAAGAGAAGCUGUAUCAAGAAAUCAUAUCAUAUUUUGACAAAGGCAAAAUGUGGGAGAAGGCAAUCCAGCUGAGCAAAGAGUUGGCUGAGACUUACGAGAGCAAAGUGUUCGACUACGAGGGCCUUGGCAAUCUCCUGAAAAAAAGGGCCUCGUUUUAUGAGAACAUCAUUAAGGCGAUGCGGCCCCAGCCUGAAUACUUUGCUGUUGGAUACUACGGACAGGGCUUUCCUUCCUUCCUGCGGAACAAAAUCUUCAUCUACCGAGGGAAGGAGUACGAGAGGCGGGAAGACUUCAGCCUGCGGCUGCUGACCCAGUUCCCCAACGCCGAGAAGAUGACCAGCACCACCCCCCCGGGAGAGGACAUCAAGUCCUCCCCCAAGCAGCACAUGCAGUGUUUCACCGUGAAGCCUGUAAUGAGCCUGCCUCCCGGCUAUAAGGAUAAACCAGUUCCGGAGCAGAUAUUAAACUACUACAGAGCCAAUGAAGUGCAGCAGUUCACGUAUUCCCGGCCGUUCCGGAAAGGAGAGAAGGACCCCGACAAUGAGUUUGCGACCAUGUGGAUUGAAAGGACCACGUAUACCACUGCCUAUACCUUCCCUGGGAUCCUCAAGUGGUUUGAAGUCAAGCAGAUCUCAACAGAGGAAAUCAGUCCUCUGGAGAAUGCCAUCGAAACCAUGGAGCUCACCAACGAGAGGAUCAGCAACUGUGUCCAGCAGCACGCCUGGGACCGGUCCCUCUCCGUGCACCCCCUCUCCAUGCUGCUCAGUGGCAUCGUGGACCCGGCUGUCAUGGGGGGAUACUCCAACUACGAGAAGGCUUUUUUCACAGAAAAGUACCUGCAGGAGCACCCUGAAGACCAGGAGAAGGUUGAGCUGCUAAAGCGACUGAUAGCGCUGCAGAUGCCUUUGCUGACAGAGGGCAUCCGCAUCCACGGGGAGAAGCUGACGGAGCAGCUGAAGCCAUUGCACGAGCGGCUGUCUUCUUGCUUCCGGGAACUCAAGGAGAAAGUGGAAAAGCUCUAUGGGGUUAUCACGCUGCCACCCAACUUGACCGAGAGGAAGCAAAGCCGCACGGGGUCCAUGGUGCUUCCUUACAUCACGCUGUCUACACUGCGGAGACUGUCCGUCACCUCGGUGACUUCCUCUGUGAUCUCCACCUCUUCUAACUCAUCGGAUAAUGCCCCCUCCCGACCCGGCUCUGAUGGGUCCAUCCUGGAGCCGCUUCUGGAGCGCAGGGCCUCGUCCGGUGCCCGAGUGGAAGAGCUGGCCCUCCGCGAGGAUGGCGAGAGCCGGGUCAGCAAGUUCAAGAGAAAAGACUGGAGCUUGAGCAAGUCCCAGGUCAUCGCAGAGAAAGCGCUGGAGCCUGAUCUGCUGAGUCCAGCCAGGAAAGCACAAAGGCCGAAGAGUCUCCAGCUGUCGGACAGUCGGCUGACACCGUUUCAUGGCUCUUCGCCGCCUCAGGCGACAUCCCUGAGCCCACCCCCACUCACUCCUAAAGCUACCAGGACCCUGAGCUCCCCAUCUUUGCAGACGGAUGAGCAGAUGACUCCUACUGUCCCACCGCCCCCGCCCCCCAAAAGCAAGCCCUACGAGAGCAGCCAGAGGAACUCCACAGAGAUUGCGCCCCCACUGCCUGUCCGAAGAGAAGCCAAAGCCCCACCCCCUCCACCUCCAAAAGCUCGGAAAUCUGGCAUCCUUUCUUCUGAGCCUGGAUCCCAAUAAGGAUCUCGUCCUCUCUCUGGAACUCUGAGUGCCCUGGACCACUGACGCCUGGGAGCUGGCCUCGGGGAGGCAGUGUCCUCAUUGCAUGGGGCCCCCACUGGCUGCCUUUCCUGAUCUGGGAUUGAGGUUCACCAGCUCAGAACUGGUUUCAUUCUUUCAAAAGCUUCCCUUUGAUUGAUGCCUGGGUCCCUGCCACGUCUCCUCCAGUCCAUGUGGAAUUCUGGAAUUGGCCAGAUCCUGUGUGUUUCUCAAAGGAGAGAUCUCCCUCCCCGUUACUACACUGCAGCCUCUGGUGCAGAGCCACCGGGGGCUCCAAGAACCUGGAGAAGUUCUUCCCACACGGUGGUGGUGGAGGAGCCACCCCCAUAACCUACUCCUUGGAGGAAUUUCUGGCUUGGUUUCUGAAAAGCUGUGCGUAAGACUUAGUUCUCUCCCGUGGACAUACCCUAUUCCUCAGAACCUAUUGAAAGAGACUGAGACAAGUACUUUGGUAGCCAGAAUAGUCUAUCUUUCUGAGGUCUACUGUGUCUCCUUGGAGGAAAAGAACAUCCUUUUAAGGGAGAUGGGCUGCUUUCAAGUAAGAAUGGCUAUCAUCACUGAAAGAACUUAGACUCCAUCAUGAGCCCUGAGCUCCUGCAUCCCUGACCCCCAUCCACCUGUGGCUUGGGAAAGCUGCCCCCCACAUCCCCCACCAGGGGUCCCCCACACUCCCGACUAAUGGCCUUACUGCCCAACAGUCACUCUUCCCUCCCACGGACUCUUGAAGCUCCUGUUUUUGUACACAGUUCCCCGUCACCUCCUCUGAGCUCAAGUCACUGGAUCUGAGGGACUUGGCAGCCUGGAUUCAACUGCUUCUCUUCCAGAUCUCAGUCGGGUGUCUCGGUGACCCCUGGCUGCAACCUGAUUUUGCCCUGGAGAAUACAGUGCAAUAUCUCUCUUUGGUUAUUUAUUCCUCUUGAUUGUGGAAUUGAUUUGAUUACAUAUUUAUGGUACCAAUGUCAAUAUUCUUUUCGGAAGGAAAAAAUGGGGUAAUUGAGAGGAUCAAAUACUAUCGACACACACAGAAACAGCCACACAAAGUUAAAGACAUUUUGACCUGGAAAGGACUUAAAGUUCAUACAAACACACCCUCACGUUGUAGAUAAGGAAACUGAGGCUACGCACAAAAAAAAAAAAUUGCAAUAUUGAGUCUUACUACUAAUCCAUCCUGCUGACCAGGGUUAUCCCCAGGUGACGUCUAGAAGGCAAUCCGACAGAUUUUUCCAUCCCUACCCUGAGUUGAAACAGCAGUGGAAAUGUCCCAGCUAUUUCUAUACCACUUAGGUGUUUAUAGCAAAAUAGAACACUUGUUCAAUGUAGAUCCCGGGGGCCACCCUUUGGGUAGGCUCUCUGGGGAACAGCCUGGCCAGGUCACCUUUCCUUUCAGGUGGAGAGAGAAGGAGAGAGUUCACCUCCGAGAAUCAGGGCUUGCUGGCCUCCACCUCUUUUAGGAGAGACAUGUUAAUUCAUCACAGGGUCAGAGAAGUCAAAACAGAACAAAACAAAACAAAACAAACAAACAAAAAAACCUCUGAGAUGUGUCCAGCCUUACUCAGGAAAUUCAUAUGCGUCUUUAAAAGUGCUACAUUCUUGUUUUUGCUCCACCUGAGAGUGAGGUGCUGUACCAGGCAAGAACCUGGACUCUGGAAGUAACCCAUUCAGGUUUGAGUCCACCCACCUACGUCAUCUCUCAGCUUUGCAAACUCCCGCAAACUAUUUGAAAUUCUCUUGAGUUUUCAUUUCUUCACUUUUCAGAAUGGGGCUCAUCCCUGCCACACAGGCUGCUUUGGGGCUCAGGUGAGAUGGCAGUAGGUACUCAUGAAAUGGUCCUUUCUGGUGGUCUCUGCUGGGCCUGAGUGAGAUCGGGAACUUUCGAUACGUGACUGAGAUUCUUUUUUGUUUUGUUUUUUUUCCAAGAUCAUUUGGAACGUGAGUGCAGGUUAGCGCUGCACAUAACAGUUCCUCUUCAAAAGGUGGCAUCUCAUGUAAUUAUAACUGGAGACAAAGCAUUAAUAAGACCUGAAGAGGAUUUUAAGUGGCAAGAAAAGAGAAUGAGAAGGAACGGAUGGGCUCUGCAGGGCUUACGUGGAGCUGGGAGCAGCUUCUGAGAAGUUGCCGGGCAGACUGGCUGGCAGGGAUUCGUGUACCUCACCCCACUUUCCAGGCUGCCGUUAAAAUAGAAGGAUGUAGACUAGGUCACAAAGAAACCAGACCAGAAGCACAUCCCUUCUGAGCAGUGGGGGUGAGUCCUGCAGCCUGGCUUUGGUCAGAGGCUUGGGACAUCGGAUACACCAGUGCCCAAAUGCCUUCCCUUUUUAAAGAUGUUUUUCCAUAGGACUCCCUUCCCACAGUUAUGGAAAUACUAGAUCUCUCCUGGCUGAAUACAAAGGAUUCCAAGUAAUGUUGCGAACAGUAGGUCACAGGGAGACACUGGAAGGGUCAUCUCCUUGGGAAGCCACUGGGUCAGAAAGAGUCGUAUUUAACGAAAGAUCCUAAGUAAUGUGUGUCCUGAAAUCAAAGAUGGAGACUGCAAAGAAAUGCCUUAUGAUUACCGUAAAUCUAGGAGAGAUGAGGGCCAGGGCAUGAAAAGAGAAAGACCUGGUCUUUAUCUCCCUCGGUAAGCUUUCUGAAAUAUUGAAAGACAUUGGAAGUAGCCCCCAAAUUGUCACAACCUUGUGGGUAUUGGUUUCUGGGGUUUUUUUUUUUUUAAAUCCCUUUUUCCCUCUUUCUCUAUCCUGGUGACUUGUAUUGAUUUGAGAUCAUUUUUCAAGAAUUGUUUUGUUCAGCAUAUAUUAAGCUCUUACUGAAGUGCCAGACACCAUCCUAGACCCCCAGGAUAUGGCAGUUCAGCAUGUCCAAAGGAAACAGCCCCGGUGUACGAGGACUGUGGUGUGCCGUGGGAUUGGCAAAAGAAUGGCUUUCAAGGAAAGUGAAACUCUAAAUAAGGCUGCUGGGCUGUGGGCUGCCUCCCCCUCCUCCACCUUCACACCUUGAUUCCAGAGUUACAGUCAUUGUCUUCAAUCAGAGAGACCCAUUAAGAACAACUGCCAUCCUCAGGUCCCUAAGACAAAACCAGAGAUGAAGCCGGGUUUGAAAUAACGAUCUCCCUUUGCUGACUCUUUCCAAGUUUCGAGAGUCCUUCGCCCAGAUUAUGGGCUUUGAAACUGAGAUAUAACUUACAUGCAAGUUAGAGGCACAGAUCUUAGGUGUACAGAUGGAUGGGAUUCUGUGUUAGCGCACACCCACGUCACCACCUCCCAGACCCACGGACUGCUUCCGGCACCACAGAAGUGUCCCUUGUGUCCGGGUUGUCAUCUUAUAAAAGGUAUUUCAAAGGCCCUUCAAUUUCGUACCUACCUUCUCAUUUUUCAGGUAUAAUGAAAAGGGAAGAAAAACCACACCAUCAGCACAGAACAAAACUCUAAUGAAUAUACCUUUGGGCAAGUCGAUUUGUAGUCAGUCCCUGGACUUCAGUUUCCUCGUGUAAAAAAAUACGUGUUUGAGGUUACGUGAUUUUUAGAAUCCUUCCAGCCCUAGCUCUCUUUUAUUAUAAGUAAAUCAAAGAGAGAGAGAAGGAAAGUUGUUGUUCAAAGGUUUUAGAUCUAUACACCAUGCCUAAGUGGGAUUUUAAAAUUAAGUUGGAAAAGGUAAGUUCCUCUUUGGGUGGGUGGAGAGUGCAACCAUCAGGUCUAAUCUACAGAAGAUAAAAGUUUUCAGGUUGAUGACGUCAGGCUGAUUCAUAUAAUCCAGGCAAGCCUCAUCUUUUUAUGCUGCCCAGACUCAUCCAUCAGUCACGUUUUCUGAGUUGUUCAUCCAAACUUUGUCAAAAGUCUCAGUAGCCAUGAUUUUGUAAAUGAGUUGGGUUUCAAACAUGAACCAUUAAGAAGAUGUGCAUUGAACUAGAGAAUUUUUGUUCAGAUUUGCUGUUAUUUAUUUUGUAAAUUAAAAAUGGUAAUGUAUUUUCAAGUU